UGUGUUUCCCGCACCGUCAAUCAAAAUAGAAAAAAAUCGUCCCGAAUUCACCGAUCAACACUAGCCCGCCUUUGAUAAAAUAAUCAUGUUUAGAGUUUAGUUUACCGAUAAUCCUCCCGGUUACUACCACUCACGCUAUGACUGGUACGUAAACAUUUACCGCAUCGAAGCGUGCAACUAAUCGGUGAGUUUGUGCAACCUACAGCGAAGCAAGCUGCGUCUUUUUAUCUUUUGCGCUGCUGCUAACUAGCUAGAUAUGGUUAGCUAAGCGAGCUAGCUGGCUAGCGACGAAGUUGACAAAGUAAACAGUCAAUCUGGGCCGAAAUUGCCACCGAAUCUGUGCCGCAAAGUUGAAUUUCACAGUCGCCUCCCUUUGGACCGGGGAGUGGGGAUGCUUUGCGAGCUUUUCUGCCACGCAGGAGUCGAAGAUUACAGAGUUUUGCCGAGUUCCCCCCCGUCCCUCUGCUAGCGCCAGAGCAGCCUCUGAAACAAGGAGAAAUGGCGUCCGCGGACGUGGACAGCAGUCAAAGCGAGUUUCUGCAACCCGGUGGCGCAGCGGAAACACAGACUACAGACAUGUCUGCCAUUCAGCUGACGGGUUCCGAUCGAUGGGAGGUGUUGACGCCUGUCUCCGCCGGGAAGGAGGAUCAGGGAAUUGUCCACAUUCCAAACUCCGGGAUUGUCACGUCCAACGGGCAGUACAUGCUCCCCAUCGGGAGUCUCCCCAACCAGCCCAUUUAUGUUACAGCGUCUGGGAAUGAGGCUGCAUCCAACGGCGUGUCAGGCAUUCAGUAUCAGGUCAUCCCCCAAAUCCAAAAUGCAGACGGGACACUCACGGGAUUCACGCAGGGACUAGAUGACGGCACGGGGCAGAUCCACCUCCUCCAGGAUGGCCAGGGUGGCAUUGGAAUCAGCUGUGCCACGACGGCGACCACAGACCUCCUGACGCAGGCGGGGCACGUGCAGUCGAUCCAAGGCGUGUCGCUGGCCGGGGGGUCGGCGUACAGCGGAGCAGUAGGGCUGCCCGGCAACAUAACGUUCGUUCCGAUAAACAGCGUGGACCUGGAGUCUCUAGGGCUGACCGGCGCGCACUCGGUCCCCAUCGCCACGGGGGUAACGGCGGAAGGUCAGCUGAUCAUGGGCGGCCAGACGAUGGACAGUCAGGGCCAGGAUGGCGGCGCCAAGCAGACGCUGGUGAGCGUCAGCGGCGCAAACCAAGAACUCUACGUGCCAACCACCACGACCUCCUCCAGCUCCUCCCAUCUCCCAGAGACCAUCGACGGCACCGGGGUCCUGACCCAAGCCACCGCCGUGUCUGCGGGCGUGUCCGACCCUUCCUCUGAGAACUUCACCUCCCACAACCACCUGCAGCAAAUCCAGGUGUCGUCCUCCAACGCCACCACUAUGUCGCAGCCUAUCCUGCAUCUGUCUGGGGACGGUCAGGCUCAGGACCUGAACGCAGGGGGUCAGACUCUCCAGAGUGUGCAGCUGGUCAACCCGGGGACCUUCCUCAUCCAGGCCCAAACGGUCACCGCUACGGGACAGAUCCAGUGGCAGACCUUCCAGGUCCAAGGAGUCCAGUCGCUCCAGGGCCUUCAGUUGCCCCAGGGACAGGGACAGGCCCAGCAGCUGACCUUAGCCCCGGUCCAUAGCCUUCCUCUGGGCCAGACAGGCCAAGUCAACCUGCCCAACCUCCAGACGGUCACAGUGAACUCUGUAGCCCAAUCUGGAGUUCAGUACAGUCAGGGGGAGGACGCAAACAGUCCAAUCGGCAUCCAGAUAAAGGAGGAGCCGGACUCUGAGGAGUGGCAGCUGAGUGGGAACUCCACGCUGAACCCCAGCGAUCUGAACAACCUGCGUGUUCAGAUCGGAGACGAUGACAUGGACAUGCAGGGCGGCGAGGGCAAGCGGCUCCGCAGAGUAGCCUGCACCUGCCCCAACUGCAAGGAGUCCGGAGGAAGAGGCUCGGGCAUGGGGAAGAAGAAGCAGCACAUCUGCCACAUCGCCGGCUGCGGGAAGGUUUACGGGAAGACGUCUCAUCUUCGAGCUCACCUGCGCUGGCACAGCGGAGAGAGACCCUUCGUCUGCAACUGGAUGUUCUGCGGGAAGAGGUUCACCCGGAGCGACGAGCUGCAGAGACACAGGAGGACACACACGGGAGAGAAGAAGUUUGUGUGCACCGAGUGCUCCAAGAGGUUCAUGCGCAGCGACCACCUGGCCAAGCACAUAAAGACUCACCAGAAUAAAAAAGGCAUGGCCCCCUCCUCCACGUCUCCGCCCACCCCCGAUACGCUCAUCACCGCCGACGGGACCACGCUCAUCCUCCAGACCACCACCCACGACCUCCUAGCCAAUCAGGAGAUCCCGUUGCAGCUGGUCACCGUGGCGUCCGGUGAGGUCAUGGAAUGAGGGGGGGAGGUUUUUUUUUUUUUUUUUUUGAGAACUGGCCUAUCACAGGGACCUCUUGGGCUUUUCUCUUUCCCCUCUAACCUUUUUUUUAUUUUUUAUUUUUACAUAUGAAUAUAUACGUAAAUAUAUAUGACAAAUAUAUAUAUUUUAAGAGUUAUCAUGACUUUAUGUUUGUUUUUUGCAGUCUUUUUAUAGGCGGACAAAAGAAAUAACAUUUAAAUGUGGUCACUAUUACACACACACACACACACACGUGCAUUAACACAACACUGAUAUGAAUACUCAACACAAUGAAAUGCCUUAUUUUGUAUCAUAAUCUUGUAUAAAAUGCUGGAGGUGCAUGUGUUUUUUAAGCUUUGCAGAUGAUGUAACUGUAACAGAGAUAAAUGUGUUUGAAAUGGAGAUGAGGAGAUUUUGAAAGAGAAAAGGAAGUAAUGAACCUCUGGCCUGAUUUUAACUUUUGUCGCUGGAGAGUUCUGACAACCAGCGCUGCGUAAAAGGAAUAGUUCAAGAUUUUGGGGAUGAAUGUUUUCUUUCUGUAAAGUGCGAUGAGAUUGCCACCACUCUCCUGUUUGUGUGGCAAAUGUGUAGCUGCUGGGCUCGGAAAAAGGAAAAUAUUCUUAUCAUUAAAUAACAUGCAUCUUGUUUGGGUAGAAUAUGCAACAGUUUCCUGUUUAAAUGGCGUCGGUCAUUUUACACACCGAGCAGGCAGGAAGAAUCUACACGGAGCGGACAGACGUGGGAGUGUGAUCAAUCUCAUCUCGCUCGUCUCGAGAAAGUAAACAUGGUUCCGCAAACAAACUUUUGCUUUUACGACGGAGGCGUCGUGCAGGACGCUCUGCUGGCGGUCGGAGGAGAACGACCGUGCCGCUGUUCACCGAUCCGACGUUAAGUGGUUUCCACCUGAAGGAGGCGCGAUGGAUGCGAGCCGCUCUGAAGGAGGAAAAAGAGCGACUUUUUGUGGACAGAGCGUCUCAUCGGUCCUCACGAGCACACCGUCCGCCGUGCUCGUCCGCGUCAAAGUCCUUUCUUUUUAGUUUUUUCAUAUUUUUGUUGUAAAUUCACAUUGUAUAUCAGUUUUCUGUGUCUCUUCACCGAUCUGCAUGUCGUGUCAGCAGAUGCCGCGUGGUGGUCAUCGCUUGCAUUCCUGCCAGGCUCCUAGUUUUCUUUCAGCUGCAGGAGGGGGGGGGGGGCGCGCGUGAGAAGAGGAAAAACGCAUCAAAUCAUAAGACCCCCGUAGGGUGCUGCUUGGCAUCGAACAUUCUCGUCGGACACCAGAUGAAGUGGGAUUAGUUUUGCAAUGACGGCUCUGUUGGAAACUGUGGACAAAUCUCACUUAUGUCUAAAGGAAAUCAAUCUUGCCAUUGUUUUUAUUUUUAAUUAAUGUAAUCCUUUCCUCGGUUUGUAGCAUUCAUUUAAAUGUAUAUUAUCUUAUUUUCACAUUGUUUAUAGAAGCCAUUACUUAGUUAACUGAAUUUGUUGUAUCAAAACCUUAUUUUAAGUGAUUUUUUUUUUUUUUUAAAGAAUUGGUGUAAAAAUUGAAUGUUACCUUUUGUAAAACCUUUUUUCAAAUGGAUCACAAUAAAAGUCUGAAACCUUC